AUGUGGCUUCUGGAGAACGAGGCAGACGCCCUUAAGGGUCGGCGACUCUGGCUCCGUCCCGGAAAGCUGUAUCUCUUCGGCCGAACAUCCGAGAACAUUGAGCCCGGAACUCUCGCGAUCGCCCACAAGACCAUCUCGCGCAAACACCUUACCAUACAAGUCGACACAGUCCCCGACGGCGGCAGCCAAGACCUGUCGACUCGGUCGACGGUGACGAUUGAGGACCUGAACACGAAGACCGGCACGACCGUCGACGGACACAAGUACAAGGGCGAGAAGCAUGUGGUUACCGAAGCCGCCGCGGAGAUCAAAGUCGGAGGAUGCCCGCAACUGUUUCGUCUGACGUGGCACCCGGUGGUGCUGACGUUCAGCUCCUCAAGCAAGGAAUUGCAGGCCGACCCGUUUGCCCGACUCCGUCCCGAUCUCGAACAGCUCGAUGUCAAGCUGAUACCCGAGUACAACAUUCAACACACGACCCACGUGGUAGUAAAGAAGCGGAAUACAUCCAAAGGCCUUCAGGCGCUUAUUAAUGGGAAGUACAUCGUUACGGACUCAUUCGUCAAUGAAUUCGUGGUUGCGGCCGCGGCGGACCCGACCGAUACGUCUGCGCUGGAAAACGACUUUGAUGGGCACUGGCCAGACGCUCUGAAAUACUUGCCACCUCGAGGUGGCGAGCCUGUGGAGCAUCCAUCAUCGGUAUACGAGCCAGACGAAAGCCGCCAUAAUGUUUUCGAGGGUUACACAUUUAUCUUCUACGACAAGGGUCAGUUCGACAACCUACGCGCGCCAAUCGCCAACGGCAAGGGCAAGGCGCUUUAUACCAAGGUAGAUCCGAACGUGACGACUGUCGAUGAAUUCAUUCUCCACGUCAAGACAGUAGCAGGCGAGAAAGGACUGGGGUCCUUCGAGGACGGUAGCGAAGGACGUGGCGUAGUGGUUGUCCGCUACACCCCGAGCAAACACGUCUCUGAGUCGUGGUAUGCCGAUUUCUUCACGCAAGUCUCAAUCCGUCUGGAUCAUCGCCCUAUCGAGCAGAACGAGUUCUUAGAGGCCAUCCUCAUCAAGGAUGCAAGCAUCCUACGUCGACCUCUCGAGUUCGACCCUACACAAGGGCCCCGCAGCUCGCCGCCUCGACCGCAGGCAAGCACUGACUCCAUGGAGAUUGACCAACCUGCGGCUUCACAAAACACUCCUCAGGAAUCCGCGCCCUCUGGACUUUCUCUCAGAACGACGCGCGUACGAAGAGCUGCGACAAGACGAUUCGCCGGUUUCGACGCUGACGACGAUAACGAUGAAGAGGCCGCCACGCCUGCUGUGACUGAGAGGAUUCCUGUGGAUGCUGAACCAGAGGAAGGACUGUUUGUAUCGCAAGACGCGGGUCCACCAGAUGAGAUCCCGGAAUCGUCGCCGGAAGCGACAACGAGAAGAUCACAAAGGAAGAGGCCUGCACCGCAAGAUGACAAUCUAGUGGAUGACAUGAUCCCAACGGCGGCCGCAGCGAAGCGGCGUAGGGUCGCAGCCGGAGAAGACCCGAUCCCUCGUCAAAAGGAACCCGAGCCUGAGAAGGCGCCUGAACCGAAGGCUCCAGCAAAGACCAAGAAGGCAAAGAAGGAGAUUGACGUUCUCGACGUUGCCCGUCAACGACGCGAGGAGAUGGAGGCCCGUGCCAAGGCCGAGAAGGAAGACCUCGCUAAUCUUCCCGACGACAUUGAUCUCAGCGAGAUUCGUCGCCUACAUAUCGUGGAGGAGAUGCCUCUUCGUCAACCGUCGACCGAUAGAAACCAUGAACAAGACGCCGAAAAUGGCCGCUGGGAUCCUCGUUGGAACGGACGCAAGAACUUCAAGCGCUUCAGAGCUCGCGGGGAACUUACAGGCCGUCAGCCGCAGAAGGUCAUCGUGUCUCUGGUGGAGGUCAAGAAGAAGGACUUCGGCAUUGGUGACGAUCACUGGCUCGAGGAGGACAGCCAGCGCAAGAAGAAGGGCAGUGACGGCCAAAAGAGCGGGACUAAUCGCAGUGAGCCUGUUGCGCCUGCGCCUCCAGCCCCCUCUCGGCAACAGCGGAUUGUUCUGAGUGACGACAGCGAGGAGGAGUCUGCCAUGCCGGAUGCCGAGCCCGCACCGGAAUCGACGCCAGCGCCAGCCCCGGCUCCAGCGCCUCGAGGAAGGGCCUCCCGCGCGGCGACGACACAGUCACAGGCUACUAGCCAAAGCCAGACUCAGAGAUCGACCCGGGGAAAGAGGGCAGCGCCGCCGCCUGUUUCAGAACCUCCGGCGAAGAAGACCCGGUCGACGCGGAAAGCAGUGGAGGUUGCCGAUAGUGACGACGAUAGCGACGAUGAGCUCCAGUUCCGGUUUGGUCGGAGACGUUGA